AUGACUGUACCUAUACACACGCAUUUACCUCUACCCUCCUGUCAGACCUUCUCCACGAGCAAGCAACCAAGCAAGAACCUUCCCCACGAGCAAGCAAGCAAGCAAGCAAGCCCACUCCUUCCAAACGGAGAACGCCGACCUUCUCCACAAGCAAGCAAGGCCUUCCUUCCCCACGAGCAAGCAAGCAAGCAAGCCCACUCCUUCCAAACGGAGGACGCGACCUUCCGCAAGCAAGCAAGGCCCUCCCCACGAGCAAGCAAGAACCUUCCCCACGAGCAAGCAAGCAAGCAAGCCCACUCCUUCCAAACGGAGGACGCCGACCUUCUCCGCAAGCAAGCAAGGCCCUUCCCCACGAGCAAGCAAGAACCUUCCCCACGAGCAAGCAAGCAAGCAAGCCCACUCCUUCAAACGGAGACGCCGACCUUCUCCGCAAGCAAGCAAGGCCCUUCCCCACGAGCAAGCAAGAACCUUCCCCACGAGCAAGCAAGCAAGCAAGCCCACUCCUUCCAAACGGAGGACGCCGACCUUCUCCGCAAGCAAGCAAGGCCCUUCCCCACGAGCAAGCAAGAACCUUCCCCACGAGCAAGCAAGCAAGCCCACUCCUUCCAAACGGAGACGCCGACCUUCUCCGCAAGCAAGCAAGGCCCUUCCCACGAGCAGCAGAACCUUCCCCACGAGCAAGCAAGCAAGCAAGCAAGCAAGCCCACUCCUUCCAAACGGAGAACGCCCUUCUCCACAAGCAAGCAAGGCCCUUCCCCCACAAGCAAGCAAGCAAGCCCACUCCUUCCAAACGGAGAACGCCCUUCUCCACAAGCAAGCAAGAACGUUCCCCACGAGCAAACAAGGACCUUCCCCACAAGCAAACAAGGACCUUCCCCACGAGCAAGCAAGCAAGCAAGCCCACUCCUUCCAAACGGAGGACGCCCGCAGCCCAUUUUAGACCUGAAUGGACAGAGACUGAACAGAAUUUUUAUAUUUUUUGGAAAACUUGGCAAAUUCUAA